AUGAGUCGCUGUCGGACGAAGGAAAUAAUCCCGGUACCUUUUUGGCCCUUCUUAAAUUCCGAACUGAGGCAGAUGAAAUAUUCGCCGAAGCGAAAUUAUCUGCUCCUGUGUGUGAUUGAGAAGGACUCCCCGGACGCGAAGAAAACAACAUUAAAGAACAUGUGCAAGACGCGAUGGGUGGAGAGACACCAAGCUUACGAGGUUUUCUUCGGCCUCUUCUCGUUUAUCACGCGAGCGCUUGAGGUAAUGGCAAAUGAACGUCUAUUUGCUGGCCAAUAUGGCGACGCAGCAUGGAGCUGGAACACAGACACCAAGAAUAAAGCAAGUGUACUUGCGAACGCCAUUUCAAGUUAUUCUUUUAUAAUCACUUUGUUGACAGCAAUGAAAUGCCUUUCCGUCCUGAAACCCCUGAGUGUAAAACUUCAGAAGAGAGAUCUAGAUGUCUACGAGGCGUACACUAACAGUAAUAAUGUCACGGACGAUCUCCAGGACAUCCGAGACAACAUCGAAGACAUCUGGACCGAGUGGUUCGAUCUGGCGGUCACUACCGCGGCAAAUGUAGGUGUUAUGGCUUCCAUCCCGCGCCGGACCAAUCAACAGCAGCAUCGCGACAAUGUACCAGCCCAGACACCAUCUGGUUACUAUAAGAGGGUAGUUGCUAUUCCCCUUCUAGACCAUCUACAAUCAGAGAUGAAAACAUACUUCAAUCCUACUAAAGAUGCUGUCUUGUCUAGCCUCUUUAAUCUUCUUCCUGAGCUAGUAGCCGUCGGAGACAGAAAUCCUGACAUUGAAGCAGCGCUGGUGUUUUAUGAGAACCACCCUCCUUCUCCUCAUGCGGUUUAUGUUGAGCGCCUGCGAUGGAAGAGAAAGUGGUGCAGCACUGAGGAUGCCGACCUUCCCACCAGUGCAGUUCAGACACUCGCAGCAUGCGAGCGAGAGUUCUUUCAUAACAUCCACACCUUGAUCCGCAUUUUGUGCACGUUGCCGAUAACGUCAGCUGAAUGUGAGCGCUCAUUCAGUACACUAAGAAGGUUAAAAACAUACCUGAGGUCGACCAUGUCAAGCGAACGAGAGUCUGGGCUGGCGUUGAUGAACAUCAAUUACCACGGAGACAUAAAUAUCGAGGAAGUGAUAAACACGUUCGCUCAACGGCAACCAAGGCGUCUUCUGUUUGCGUAG